AUGGCUAGCGCUUCCUCACCAUUGGAUACAGUGGUACUCACUAUUGCCCACUCUCUCUCGGCAGUUGAGCGGACGUUCUAUAAGCUACCUGGCUCCGCAAUCAUCGAACGAUACGUCCGGAGCUCCCACCAAAAUGACCCAGGACGAACGUUCCUCGAGCUUAUUAUUUUCUUUCUCGUCGUAAGGACUCUUCUUCAGUCGCGUACACGUGCGGACAGUAAUAACGCAAAGAAUUUCAUCGAGUUUACUGAAAAAGAAAUCGACGAAUUAGUAGAAGACUGGGUACCGGAACCUCUUUCGAGGCCUUUGGAUGAUGUCGAAGCUGCUGAACUCGCUGCUGUACCUGUUGUUGCAGGUCCUAAUGGUCCUCAUCCUAUCCUUGUCAACACUGGAAAGCCAGCCAUCAAUUUGGCUAGUCUUAAUUUCACCGGGUUGGCCAACAAUGAACACAUCAAGCAGCGCGCCCUCGAGGCUAUGAGGAAAUAUGGCGUUGGCAGUUGCGGUCCUACUGGGUUUUACGGAAAUUUCGACGUGCAUAUCCAAUGCGAAAAGGAUAUAGCAGAGUUUCUCGACACAGAGAGUGCUAUCCUUUACUGGCAAGGCUUUUCCACUAUUUCUUCGGUCAUUCCAGCGUUCUGCAAGCGAGGCGACAUAAUUGUCGUUGACCGUGCCGUCACUUUAUCUAUUCAAAAGGGUAUGGAGAUAUCCCGGUCGACUAUUCGCUGGUACGACCACAACGAUUUGCAUAGCUUGGAAGAGGUUUUGCAAAGCGUAGAGAAAGAAAGGCGCAAACGCAAGGGGCCUUUGACACGCCGCUUCAUUAUCACUGAAGGGAUAUUCGAACGUGAUGGCACUAUGACUGACCUCCCGAAAUUGAUUGAGCUCAAGCAGAAGUACAAAUACCGUCUCAUUCUUGAUGAGUCGUUCUCCUUCGGAUCCGUAGGUCGCACAGGUCGCGGAUUGACCGAAUUAUACAAUGUGAAGGCUUCUAAAGUUGAUAUGCUCGUGGGUUCCUGUGCCAUUGGACUAUGUGCUACCGGUGGUUUCUGUGCUGGAUCUAAGAAUGUUGUUGAACACCAGCGUAUUAAUGCUCCCGCAUAUGUAUUCUCAGCUUCGAUGCCCCCGCUAUUGGCUGUUAGUGCGUCAGAAGGGAUCAAUGUUCUGAGAGAUACACCAUCACUACUCACCCGCCUUCAAGAUAACAUCCGUGCAGCUCGUGCGCUUCUCGAUCAGGUCGAAUGUAUCUCCAUUCCUUCACACCGCGCUUCCCCUAUUAUUCAUAUUUACCUACGCAACACCGCAUAUACGGAUAAUUUGUUACAUCCUUCAUCUGCGGCUUCCAUGGCUAGCAGUAAACCGUCUAAUCCUUCAUCUCCUGUGCCAAGGGAUGUUCCCGUCUUUGACAUCGAGAGGGAGGAGCGGUUAUUACAAGAAGUAGUAGAGGAAGCGAUGGCUCAAGGGGUGAUGAUAACUAAAGCCAAGAGGGUUAGGGGUUUGGAAAUCACGGAGGCAAGGCCAAGCAUUCGCCUCGCAAUGUCCAGCGCCUUGUCAAAAUCAGAUACAGAGAAGGCUGUCCAUGUGUUGGUGAAGAUUCUGAAGAGAAAAUUUAGAUAA